UGAAAUAUAAGUUGUAUGUUUAUUAGUAUCUCAUAAACAUGUUGAAGGUGUUCGGUACAGUACUUUCUGUGUUGCUUAUUAUUGCAACAUGCAGUUUGAUAGUACCUGUGCAAGGUCAAGAUGCUGAUAGUUUUCAAUAUCCGUUGAAGAAAACAGUGCGUGUAAUAAAUAAUUUGGCGGGUACUCAACUCUCUGUCCAUUGUCAUUCAGGAGAUGAUGAUCUUGGCCAACAUUAUCUUCACAGUGGACAGUAUGUAGAGUGGUCCUUCGAGGAUAAUUUUUGGGGUACUACUUUGUAUUGGUGUGACUUUGCAUGGAAUAAUGUGCAAAAGAGUUUUAGGGUUUAUAGUACCAAAAAAGAUGAUUAUCGCGGAUAUAAACCCUAUCUGAGUAUUAGACCAGAUGGAGCGUACUUUUACGAUGGAUUUAAAUUCUGGCUUAAGAAAAUCCCAUGGUGAAGUUCCAAGCCAUUAUUAGUUUACCAGCUGAAAGAAAAAUAAAAUAAAAACUAGUAAACAUGGCGAGACAUGUUAUAUGAAUAAAUGUAGUACUU